CCUCUCUCUUCUUAACACAUAAACUCUCAGAUAUCUCUCUCUCUCUCUCUCUCAAAAAUUUCUCUCAAACUGUUGAGCUAAGAGAAGCAUUAGCCAUGUCUGAUACUGCAGGUGACGAUGUCCUUCCACGUUUUUUCAAGGUCUUCCUCUCAGAAACGGCCUCUGAAUCACUGGGGAUCCCGAUGUCCUUCAACGAACAUCUUGAGGAUCCGUUGCCACGGACAGCGAAGCUCCAAGGCAUUGGAGGAGGAACUUGGACAGUGAGCAUGAAGAGAAUACGCCAGUGUGCGUAUUUCACAUCUGGAUGGUCCAAGUUUGCAGCGGACCAUGAUCUCCAGGACGGCGAGUUCUUGACGUUUGUCUACGACGGUCACCGUACUUUCGAAGUCAGUGUCUACGCUCGCGAUGGUUGUAAGGAGAUAAGAGCUGCGGUGGAGACCGUCGAGCUUUCCGACGCUGAUUCUUCUUCUGAAGAAGAUGAGGAAGAUCCUUCUGUUGAUGGUGGUGGCGACAUUACCAUUGGUGAAGAAGAAGAAGAAGAUCCUUCACUUGUUGGUGAAGAUGAAGAAGCCAGCCAGAGAAUUUACGCUGUUGACAGCGAAGAGUCAGAAUCUGAUGCUGCAGGGCUCUCGAAUUUGGAGGUUACAGAUAAUCCAUCCUUCACUACCAGCCUCAAGAACCGGAUCUAUGAGCUGUUGAUUCCAGCAUACGUAAUCAAAGACUAUGGACUUACCUUUGGUUCAAAGAUCACCUACAUUGACGAAGAAGGUACCAUGGAAGGAGUUAAAGGGAAAUGGUCAGAUGAUAGGACUUGUUUCAAAGGCUGGGACAGGAUUUGCAGAAGGAACAGGCUUAGACCACUAGAUGAAGUCAGAUGCGAGUUGCUUCAUGACAAGAAUGUGGUUCACUCCAUCAAGAUCCACGUCACUCGUGGUUAAGUUCCUCAUCAUCACCCCUCUCUCCAUCACCAUCAUCGUUAUCAUUUAGCUUAUUAUUGUUUGUUUCGGACGUGUAGUAAUUUUCUUCUCUGCUUUUUAUAUUAGUACUACUUUCUUCAUCUCCAAGACAUCUUAUGAACUUAUUGAUGUUUCCUUCUGUAUUUUGAAUGCUUAUUAUCUAAUGCAUCCGUGACUUUUUAUAAAUUGUUUUGGAC